AUGGAUACUAGACAGGCGACACAGAUGCUACAAGCAAGCCAAACCCCGAUACAUAAAUACCGACGGAAUCGCAAGAUUCCGUCAUGUGAGCCAUGUCGAAAGUCGAAAGUUGCAUGCAAUCACAACCUUCCUUGCAGUAGAUGUAUUAAAAGACGGCGCAUUGAUGAAUGCUAUUAUCAUCCGAAUCCACUUACACGGAACCCACAGGAAGCCAUAGUGACGCCGGCAGCAAAGGACGUCCCGAUAUCACCGGAGCCAAGAAUUACUGCGCGGGGCUCCUCAUAUGAGCAGCCUGACAUAGGCGACGACUCCGAAGCUGUCAACACUGUACAAGAGUACAACCACAGGAGUAACUUUGUGCUACAGCGUGCAGGCUCAGCUCCGCCAUUCGCCAACCAUCAUGAGACCUCAACGGGGAGACACGGUUUCCUGGGGUUUACCUCACACGUUUCAAUUAUGACAGAAGACUUGAUGCAGCUUGGCUUGUGCUCCGGCGGUCUGGACAAGGGUACGGCUGUCCAAAGCAAACCUAUCAUGAACGAAAGACUCGCCAGCGGCUGUCGAGCUUUGUCGGUUUUGCAGAACAGGGCUAUGAUAGACCGUGGUAUUGAUUUGUUUUUCGAGUCUAUCGAAUGUAUACAUACUCACUGCGGCGAAUUCAUCGUGAGACAAUGGCUUUCGGAGCUAUGGUCCGCUCAUGGUGAUACACUUUCAAGUCAGAACGCCGAGCAGAUACGCCAGCUAUGCGAGUUACUGUGUCAAAACACGGCUAAACCGUUGAUCUUUGAUGGCAGCACCACGGCAAGGCAAUGGGUACGAUCUGCUACAGGCGAAAAUAUACGUUGGGCGACACUCGCCAUGAUCGCCAACUAUGUAGCAACAUAUGCAAUGGUCGCCAAAUCAGAUGAUCCAUUUUUCAAAGAUUAUAGCGUGGAUCGCCAAUCAUUGAUAGAUCAAAUGCUGGAGGCUUCAGAAGUCUGCAUAGGAUUCUGCCGUGAAUACGAUGCCUUAGAUGAUGCAUUCCUUUGUGCACUAUUGGAGCUUUACAACCUCACUGAAUUCACCAAAGGAGAAGCAUCCUAUGCUGCAUACCGUAUUGGCGCUGAGGUGAGCAGUGCCCUCGUCGCAAUGGGCCUCCACCAGGAGAUAAACGCCAAUAAAAAAGUUCCCUUUUUCCUUGCUGAGCUGCGUAAACGAGUUCGAACGAUGGUCUACGGAACGGAGAUCAGCAUAGCCACUUUUCUGGGACGUCCACCGCGACUUUCGCAUCGUUUUAUGAACUUGGACCCUCCACUAGAUCUGACAGAGUCCGAGCUUUUUUCUGAAGACCCCCAAAAGCUGGCUUUUGCUAUUACUCGAUUGGAUGAUCACGGUUACAAUAGAGAUGGAGACAUCCGGCUUAUCUCUUGGGUGAGAUCAUCCAUUGGCUUUGUGGUAAGACGAGAAGAUAUUCUAGAGCUGUCGAUAGGCAACUACACUCCGGAUGAGGUGCGGCAAAAGGCAGUCGACAUACAAAGAAAAACUGAAGAACAUUGGCUCACUCUGCCGCACUACCUGUCGAGCUUGAAAGAAAGUCUCUUUGGGCUGGAUACCCCCAAGAUAUUUCAUCUGCACCUUCGAAAUGUCUUUCGCCAAAUUGGGCAGUCGAAUUUACUGCUACUGCACCGCUUACUUGUGCGCAAAGCCGGUGCUGACCCGGGAGAUCUGAUACGAACAGCACAGGCAAUCCUAAGCGACGUGAUGCGAUCAUACAAGCGCAUCGAAAUGUCCGCAGCAACGUCAUUCAUCUAUUUUCUGGCAGUACACGGGAUCCGCAGCGCAGUCAUACUGGCAGUAGAACUUUUGAAACAGGAACAACUCCCGGUCUACCCCGAAGCGCCACUUCUGCCUCGAAGCAGAACAAUUCAGGAUUUAUCCAUCUUUGCAGACAAGCUUAGUGACUUGGACCCUACCUUUGGUGACAAAAGUCUCUUUGAGAAGGGUCAGAAAGUGAUAUCUCUGAUUCUUGAUAAGAUCUUGAGUCCUCCGAGGAGUUCGGAGCGACAUUACGACCAGUCUUCAACGCAAACGCGGCGGCUUCAUAUAGAUGCAAAUACUGCUACUAAUAUUUUCCAGCACUCCACACAUAGCGCACAGAGCACGUAUGCGCCCGAGAGCUAUAUGUUUAUGAGUGGCUUUGGCGAUGAUAUAGACUCACCUCAUUCAUUCCUCCCCGGCCAAACAAUCACCGGUUACGUGUCUCGCACCUCUCGCUGGGUCAAUACCGAAACGAACGUCAGCAUCGCUCUCCACGGAAAAUGCAAUACCAAGCUCUUCAGUCGCGAUUCCUACCAAUGUCGUGGCAGCGUAGAGCUGUUCGGACAGAACGGGGUUCGACAGGAGCUUUUUAAUGGUGCAUUACAUAUAAUAACGACGCCUCACCCGGACGAAAACAAGUGGCUCUUCGCGAUCGAUAUUCCUAUUUAUCCUGACGCACAAUCGUUGAGGUUGCAUCCACUGGGCAAGGCAUCAUACCUACCUUUGCUAUCAACAAAGCAACAUGCCCUUCCCCCUUCUUUUGAUCUGGGCAGCAGUGGUGUUUCUGCGUCACGUCGUGGUUCUGCAGCAGUUGAAUACUAUUUAGAAGCCACCAUGAAGACCGCCAACCUCUCAACACCCAUCGUGGCUCGGCUGCCGAUUCAGCUUCGUUGCGAAUCGUCGCCUUUCCCAAUCACAGAUUUUGAUAUCAAAUUGCAAUCUCGGCAGCUCUAUACCAUUACUUCCUCUCAUCUCCUGCCUGCAAAUAUGCAAACACCCAAACUUUCCAUGGGACACAAAGUUGGCAAAGUGCUAAGGCCAUCUAAAGCUCCUCGUCUCACCUUCUGUCUAGAAACCAGCGUACCGUCAGUCCUUCAAAUAGACAGUCCGUACCAAAUCCCAUUUGAGUUGCGAGCUAUACCGCAAUGGAUGGAAACGAGCGAAUGCAUCGCAAAAAUUCGCCACACCAUCAAUAUAGAGAAAUUGAAAGUUGGGAUCCGAUCGACCUCGAGUAUCACGGGUAUUGCCUCAGGUGCUCUGGGGCCAGUUCCGGUUGUGCGUGAAGAUACCUCCACGACGAAGAUUUUAUUGGCGGACUAUACCAAGCCAAAGAAUGUCAAUCGGGUCGAUAAUCAAGAAAUUCCGUGUAAAACCUCUAUGUUGACCGAUAAUGGUGAUUCGAUGACACUGCCGAUUGACGAAGACGCGGGUCCGCUGAACUUUGGAGAAGUGUUGGAUUUGAAUAUGCAACGUGGCCAGGAUGGGAUUUAUGCACCAACUUUCAUCACGUAUAACAUCAAACGCACAUAUGAGUUGGAGUGGAAGAUGACUCUUGAAGUCGGCGGAGAAAGAGUCAAAGUCAAGGGUCGACAUCCGGUUUUGAUCAUGGAGAGGACUGAUCAGGAUUGA